GGUUUAGGCGGAGGGGCGGGUGGGUAGGUUGGAGUUAUAAAAUGGCGGCCUGGGGCGCGCUGGGCGCUGUUCUUCCAGCGGUCUCUGGUUGAGCUUCCUGCUCUCCCUCACGGCCGAACACAGAGAGCCGAGGCCCCUGGAGGACAUGGUGUGGGAGACCCCGGGCUUGCUGACCACCAAGUUCUUCGAGAAUCUCGGCGCACCGGAAGCGACCAGGCGCGCUCCUCCGGGCGAGCAGCGGCCGCUUCCCACCCGAGGCCCGCGGCCGCAACCUCGCACCCGCUCGCGGUCGUUCACCCGGCUUUCGCCGCAGCCACAGCCCCGCGAGUGCCGCGGCGGCCGGCCGGGAGGUUUGAAAAUAUGGCCAAGAGGAUUGCUGAGAAGGAACUGACAGAUCGGAACUGGGAUCAAGAAGACGAAGCAGAAGAGGUGGGAACGUUCUCCGUGGCCAGUGAGGAAGUCUUGAAGAAUAGAGCCAUAAAGAAAGCAAAGCGUAGAAAUGUUGGAUUUGAAUCCGAUAGUGGAGGGGCCUUUAAAGGUUUUAAAGGCUUGGUUGUACCGUCUGGAGGAGGCGGGUUUUCUGGAUUUGGCAACGGUGCCGGAGGGAAGCCUUUGGAAGGGCUGUCGAAUGGAAGCGGCGUGAGCAGCGCCCCUCCCUUCUCCGGCGCCAGGGCAGCCACGGAGAGCAAGGCGGCCUUCGGAUCCGUUGCUGCAAAUGGUCCUACCUCCUUGGUGGAUAAGAAGGUUUUAACUCCCAAAACCCACGGGGACAGUCCGCAGCCCUCGUCUUCCGGCCCCGCCUCUGGCGCCGCCCGCGCCCGGAGCGCCUACCACAAGCAGCUGGCGGCCCUCAACUGCUCCGUGCGGGACUGGGUCGCGAAGCACGUGAACGCCAACCCGCUGUGCGACCUGACGCCCGUCUUCCGGGACUACGAGACACACCUGGCGGGCAUCGAGCGGCAGCACGGGAGCGGCGGGGGCCGCGGCUCCGAGCGCGAGGCCGGUCCGGUGCCGCUGGCCACCCAGUCCCCUUCCCUGUUCGGCGCAGCGAAGCCACAGCAGGACUCGGCGUUCCCGCUCGCCGGCGGCAGGGCGGAGGACGGCGCCGAGAGGAAGACGGAGCCGCCCGCGGGAGCCGCAAGUGCCUCGUUCAGCUUCGGCAAGAAGAUCGACGGGUCUGUCCUGGGCUCCCCGAACUGCGGCCCCCUGACCGGGUUUUCGUUCUCUUCAGGAAACUCCAGCUUCUUCGGCAAAGAUCUGACCCAGGGUAAACCAGCGUCUUCACCGUUUUCCGCGAAAACGUUGGAGGUACAGGCCGAAGGCGGCACUAGCGACUACAAAGGCGGAGAGGAAGAGGCGAGUGACGAGCCCCCCAAAGUAGUAGUGACUGAAGUGAAGGAAGAAGAUGCUUUCUACUCCAAAAAGUGUAAGCUGUUUUACAAGAAAGACAACGAAUUCAAAGAGAAGGGUGUGGGCACGCUGCAUUUAAAACCUACGGCCACUCAGAAGACGCAGCUGUUGGUGCGGGCAGAUACCAAUCUAGCGCUCUUAGCCGGUGAGCCACAGAGAGCUGCUUUGCUGACCGUUCUGCCUUCGUUGGAAGGACCUCGUGAAGGCUCCGGGUCGAGCCAGCGCGUCCUCCCUCCGCUGCAACAUCCUGCUGAACGUUCUGAUUGCGCCCAACAUGCCGUGUACCCGGACGGGAAAGAACAACGUGCUGAUCGUGUGCGUCCCCAACCCGCCCGUCGACGAGAAGAGCACCGCCGUCCCGGUGGCCAUGCUGAUCCGGGUGAGGACAGGCGACGACGCGGACGAGCUGCACAAGAUCUUACUGGAGAAAAAGGAUGCCUGAACACGCGUGCACUAGGAUUGCCGCCGAGUUGCUGCUGCCCCACCGCCCCUUAGACGUAGUCCGUUUCUCUUCUUACUCUGACACCCUGAGAACUUAGAGGUAACUGAAAACUUUGUGAGGAAGGUGAAUAUGGCCAAUAAAACCUUUAAAUGUUCAGUGUCAAGAACCUGUAUGCUCCCUUCUUAAGAACUGUCUAAUGUGUAAAGUACGUUUGAAUGACAUUUUUUUGGAAGAUUUUUAAUUUUCACUUACUAAACUGACCACAAGUGGUUUCUUAAUAGGCUGAAAUCAGGGUAUCGAUUAGACUUCCCAAAGGCUGCUCCGAUCCACGGGUUUUGGGGUCUGCUGCUCCCGCCUGCGAGGUUUUCCGGCAGCCCCCCGUGUCGCGGAGGAAGCUUGCCGGCAGCAUUCUCCCCGGAGAACAGCACUCUUUGCAAACAAAUCAUGCUACCGCGCUGCCACCGCCACCGAGGUGUUUUCCUUUGCUUUCUCGCGUCGCCGGGGUUUUCCAACAGCUGAACCUGGUGGCGGCUGCCCCUGCGCCUGAAAGGUUUUAGCUUCUGUUUGCAGACUUGGCCCUUUAACCCCGCGGGCUGCUCUACCUGAUUGAGGAACUGCUUUUCCAUUUGAAAAGGAAGCAAGUAGCUUGUUCUUUGGUUUUGUAGUUUCAUUCUUGAGGUGCUCUCCCCCCCCCACAAAGAGAAUAGAGGGGGAUUUGCCAGAAAUGAGGUUUAAAAGCACAAAUUUGGUAGCUUAUAGUGUAUGAACCAUGGACACCAAACCGUUGCAGAAAUGAAAGUCGAAGGUAGAGCUUAGUACGGAAGAAAGAAGACGUCUCAGCUGUUUGGGCCACGCUGAACCCUUGGCAUCCUCGGAGCUCGUGUGCGUUAGCCUGGAAACGUGCAGUAAGGUAAUGGAAUUGCAAGUGUGCGGGUCCGUGUGGCCUUUAACUUUAGACAGAAGUAUAUUCUGCAUUUGAUACCUGAAGCUUCCACUUUUUUUACAAGUCAGAUACUCAGUAUGUCCAUGCGGAAGGAGCCACGGUUCUGCGCCAGCGGCGCCAUGGCCCUUCCCCACAGCUGUCCAGGAACGGAUCCUAGUGUUCUUGGCAGAUCCUGGGCAGGUGAAUUAGAUACAGAUUUUUAUGUUUAAACGUCCACUCUCAUUCCUCGUUAAUCAUUGGAUGCUGGUACCAUAUGACCGCGUUUCAAGGCUCAGGGGCCGUGCCUGAGGGCUCACACUCGUAUGUGCCGAUCUUCAGUACGUCAUGUCUUCUUAGAAAACUGUAGAAUAGUUGUAGAUAGUACAGUUGCUUUUUAAAAGAAGCUAUAGUUUUUAGAGAUUUAUAAAGGGGGCAGGGGAACCAUUUUUAUGAUCUAGUACGUUAACUCAGGUGUGACACCUGACGUGUGGCCGCCGGCCGCCCGCUGACCAUGUGGUUUUCGGAUUCUGGUGAAAGACUCUGGUCCCGUGUGUGCCUCUGCACAGACACAGCGAGGCGUGCGUGCGCGUGGGGGCUGUGGUCAGGCUCUCAUGUUGGGACAGCUAGGGAGGGGAGUGGCAGUCAUUUUUUCAUUUCCUUUGUAGAAUCGAGAAUACUCCUGAGUGUGUGUGACAGGUCUGUGAGUUCUAGGACGUGGUGGUCGGUGGUGUCCCAGCGGCCGUGGCCCACCCGGCCUUGAGUGAGGUUAUCCAGCUGCUAGAGGUUGAGGAGAUGCAGGGCACAGAUUUCUGUCCUGUGCGGCCCAACCAUGGUCCCCAGGAGCCACGAGGCCACUUGGGCACUUUAAGGGGGGGCACUGCACUGGCGACAGCCUCUGCAUGGCCAGUGAGACGUUUCCCAAACGUGGCCUGACGGUAUCAGGAUUGGGUCACCUUUCACCCCCACCCCGGAAAAAGAGUUGAUCAUCUUUUUUGCAUUAGUGGGUGUGUGUGGCUUUCUCUUCUGACAUUCCCAGCAAAUUGUUGCUGCUAAGACUCACUGUUAAAGUGACAAUUACAGGGACAGGUGUGACGCAUGUGUGGUCCUCACAUGGUAUUUCCUUCAUGUCGCUUCCCCUUUAGGAACUUGCUGGUCUCGAAUUGUGUAUUCAUAGGAAAGAGCCUGAGUGUGUGCGGGUUUUCCUAUAAAACCUAAAUAUUUGUAUGUUACUUGGGGGAAGAGGCCCCUUUGGCCCCCAGAGGGCCGGUCUUCUUUCCCUUGCUGUAUUAGUAGCUAAAUUCCACCCCACGGGUUUAGUUAGAUUUAUUUUUUAACAAAAACGUUAGAAAUUAGGCUUUCAAGUGUUUAACGCUGACUGAAGUUUAUACAAUAUCUAUGUGGCCUGAAGGGUAGGGGUUUUUAACCUUUAAUCUGAAAUCAGUUGUGUUGCAUCUUGACAAAUACCGAGUGUCCCAGUGGCCUUUUUAACUGGUGUGUCCUUUUGAGAGUUCCCCAGUAAGCAAAAAAAUGAGCGUUGUGCUGUCCUCGUGUUUAGAAUUACAGGCCGGAGGUGUGUGUCCAGUUUUUAAAAGCAGUUUUGAUUGUGUCUGACCAUGUAUGGAUUUUCUUGAAAAGGAUUAUAGUUUUACAAUUUCAGUUCUAAAUCAUAUUUUUGAUACGCUGCAUGCCAAAAAGAAUCUACCUGUUCUGGGGUAGAAGGAAAAAAAUUGCCAUCUUACUCUCUGAGUGCAGAACAAGUCAUCACUGAGAAAGCCUUUUUGGUUUCAUUUUAAAGUUAAACAUGUCUUUUGAACAGCUGUCUGUUCCUUGAUUUCUGAAGUCAGAAUGCAAGCACAGUGCAUUUUGAAGGAUUUGCAAACCCAAUGGCUCCCUCCCAAACCCCCUGGGUGUUCGUUCUCAUUCUGGAAGUGAGACUCUGUGGUAGAAAGUGGUGAGUCCCGCGGUGCUGACGGGGGACUGCAAGGAGCCUAUCCAGUCCCGCACUGAGCACCGGGGGACGUUCUUGGCCAGAGGCAGUCAUGGUUGGGACCCUGGACUCUGCUUGACGCAGACGCGUUCGUAACAGAUGUAAGACUUCUUAGCAAUCAGAUAAGUUGUUUGCUUUCUGUUUUACAUAGGAAACUGUUUUCUUAAACUAAAAUACUUGAAUUGUCAGACAAUGUAAUCUCAGUUUGUAUUAGUUUUUGAGGAAGUGUAAUAAUCCAUGAAAUGUGAAUAAAUGGAAAGUAAC